GUCGUGUGGUCGUCAAGCCAUAGCAGUCUUCACCGAUCGCUUUUGCGACCACAAUUAAUACACUGUACAGGGAAAGCGGUAAUGGCAGCAACCUGGAUUCACCCAGCCUCUCGACCAACAGAAAUAGACACUCUCGUCGAGGGUGUCGACAGGUACAACCCUGCAAAUGUGCAGUACCUCGAGGACUACAUGUACCAGCAGACACGGGAACGGGGCUACGACUGCCUGGCCAACCUCGCCAUUCUGAAGCUGUACCAGUUUAACCCGGAUUUGUACAACUCAGACGUGGUGAUCCACAUACUGCUAAAGGCCAUCACUGCUUCACCUGGGCCCGAUUUCAAUCUCUGCCUAGCGCUGCUUGGGGAUCGUGGUCCCUACCUCCCAACAGAAGAUCCAGAUCCGCUCCCGGCUCUCCUGCCCCACCUAACGCAACUUCACACUCUCCUUCUCACCUGCCGCUUCCCCAAGUUCUGGGCGCUCUAUCGCUCCCCUGAACUUGCCCCCCUGCGUGAAAACUUCACUAUCGAGUGUGUUGGGUUCGAGGACAGCGUGAGGGAGGUAGUUGCUAGGGCGGUGAGAGGGACUUUCUCAAAAAUAGGGAGGGACAGGUUGGGCGCGUACCUGGACCUUAAGAAAUUGGACUUGGCAGAGUACGCACAUGAGCAGGGAUGGCAGAUGGACGGUCACUCAGUCGUGAUCCCCCCGAAUGCGGACAACGUCGUCAAGAGCUCGGUGCAGAAUGAGGAGAUCAAACUGCCGCAACUGGCCAAGAUCCUUGCUCAUGCGCAGCUGCCUUGAGUGCGUUGGGGGUGUCGAGGACGUGGAAUGGCGUGAGGGCGUGUUCCUAUGGUCGAGUUGAUGUAUAUGCUAACAUCAUACAUUGUAAAAAUCCGAUGAUAGUGUAUAU